GCAGGUGACAUAACCUCAGACAGACAAGACAACUAGCGGCCAGAGACCAAGACAUAACUGUCACAUGCAUAUGUCUCUGGCUUAAAAGACAUCGUAGCCAGACUUUGAGGAUCUGAUUUGUGUUAAGAAAAUCAUUGGAUUCGAUUAGUCUUAAGGCGAGUCCUUGAGAUCGUCGCUUGAAGGUGAAGGCCAGCCGGAAGUUGAGCGAGGAAGCCGAGAGUGAGCAGAACUCGUGCGAGUGGCAGAGAGUCGGGUCGGCAUUUGGAGAAAACAAGAUGGCGGCGACUGGAGGAAUGGUUCUCUUCGUUUCUCUACUGCUGCAGGGAGCUCUGGCUGCGGAUUGGUCAUACGACGGGGUGAGGCAGUGGAAGGACCACUACCCCAAGUGUGCAGGGGAGCAGCAGUCCCCCAUCAACAUUCACGAGGGCGAUGUCGUCAUUGAUAAGACCAUCCCGCCCCUCCUCUACGCAAACUACGACACUGUCAUCUCCAUGGUCUUGUCCAACGAUGGCCACUCAGCCUAUGCCAGCAUCUCUGGAGAGGACGCCCCCACCAUCUCUGGGGGUGGGCUGCCCGGGACCUUCAAGGCCGUCCAGCUCCACUUCCACUGGUCAGAAUAUUCCAACGCCGGCUCAGAGCACUUGAUCAGCGGCCACAGCUACCCGCUCGAGGUCCACAUCGUCCACCACAACACCAAGUACGCCAGCUUCAAGGAAUCUGUCAAUUACACAGACGGCGUGGCUGUCCUGGGGUUUAUGUACAUGAUAUCUGAGGCUGACAACAGCAACUACACAGAUUUGAUUGACAAGUUGAUCUUGGUCCAGACGCCAACAGCCAAUCCUGUACCCCUGGCACCUGCCUCCCUGCAGAGCCUGCUGCCUGCCACUUACCAGGAAUUCUACCGCUACACCGGAAGUCUCACCAUGCCAACGUGUAACGAAGUGGUCACGUGGACUGUUUUUGUUGAGCCAAUCAAAAUCUCAGAAAAACAGAUCGCCAAGUUCCGCUCCCUGACAGACGACAAGAAGACCCCCCUGACCAUGAACUACCGAGAGGUCCAGCCGUUGAACGGUCGUGUUGUCAAGUCCAACUAUGACCCCCAUGUUCACUGGACUUACGGAGAAGAUGAUGAGCAGUGGAAGAACCUGUACUCCAAGUGUGGUUCGAUCAGCCAAUCACCGAUCAAUAUCGAACCGAUGAACUGCGUACCUGAAAAAAUCGAUCCGAUGGUCUUCAACUUCUAUGAGUCAACACAAAGUUCAAUGACCCUCAAGAACAACGGUCACGCCGCCGAAGUGGUCAUCACCAACGCCAACAUCGGCAUCCAGGGUGCGGGAUUACCCGAUCAGUACAUGGCCGCCCAGUUUCACUUUCACUGGGGGUCACAUGACAAGCAGGGGUCGGAACACAAGAUUGACAACAGAUCAUAUCCCAUGGAGCUGCACAUUGUCCACUACCGGAAGUCUCUGGGCAGUCUGGGAGCUGCUGUCUCAAAACCUGAAGGUCUGGCCGUUCUGGGAUUCUUUUUUGAGAUUACCUUAGAAGACAACCCAGCAUUGAAAGACAUCAUCUACAAUUUGCCAUCAGUCACAGAGGCAGGAACCACCACCACCAUCCCCUCCUUCAGCCUCAACUCCAUCUUGCCCAGCAGUAGGAACACCUUCUACAGGUACUCCGGCAGUCUGACGACACCUGGGUGCCACGAGUCUGUCAUCUGGACUGUCUUCACUGACACCAUCAAGAUCUCGGCUAAACAGCUUGCAGCCUUCAGAAACCUCAAGUCCUCCCACAAAGAUGCUGACGGCCACAGCCUCAAUCUCGUGGACAACUUCCGGCCCGUACAGAGGCUCAACUUGAGAACCGUCGUCAGGAACUUCAACAUUCCAGUGUCCAAGCCCCACUGGACGUACGUGGGCACCCACGGCGCUGACCACUGGAAGGAUGAGUACCCCAUCUGUGCCAGCUCCAGCAGAAGCAAGCAGUCCCCCAUCAACAUCAAACCCCAGGAUGCCAGGUACAUAGAGGGACUCGACGACCUGUUCUUCAAGGGCUACGUGGCCAAACACGGCGUCACCAUGGAGCUUACCAACAACGGGCACGCAGUUCAAGCUGACAUCACCGGCGGCCAGAUGCUGGUUAUGGGCGGCGGCCUGGUGGGGACCUACAGGGCGGCACAGUUCCACUUCCACUGGGGGUCAGACAACGGGAGGGGGUCGGAGCACCUGAUAGAUGGGAUGUCUUACCCACUGGAGGCCCAUAUUGUCCACUACAGUACAAUGUAUCCCGACUUGAAGUCGGCAGCUACCAGCAAUUAUGGUCUAGCUGUUCUGGGUAUCAUGUUUGAGGUUGCUGACGAGACCCAGGAAGGUUACAAGAAAAUUUUUGACAGGCUGGAGGAGGUAGAGGAGCCGAAUUCCAAGGUCAGCCUUGAGGGCAUCCAGCUGGACUCUCUCUUGCCGGAAAACCGUGAAGAUUUUUACCGGUACGACGGCAGCUUGACCACACCCGGCUGUUACGAGACGGUCACGUGGACAGUCUUUAAAGACACUGUCAAGAUUUCAGAAGAGCAGCUCAAAAAACUCAGAAAAGUCAAAUCCAACGAAAAGGACACGGCAACCAAUCACUACCUUCCUCUUGUCAACAACUACCGACCAGUUCAGCCAAUCAACGCCCGUCUUAUAAAAGCAAGCUUCCGUUCGCUAUCAGGGGCCAAGUCUCUAGUAGCUAGCCUGUCAUUGGUUGUAUCUGUCGCUGUGUUAUCUUUACUCAAACAUGCUCUAUGAUCUACGGCAGUUAUGUUGGUUUUUUAAAAUUAAUUUAAAUCCAGAUUUUUUAAAAGUAAUGUUACUAUAUAUAUGAUUUUGUUAAAAUAAGUUUCUCUUUUGAGGACCUUCCUUAGCAUAAUAAUUUGUUGUUCAAUAUAUUUAUUUUUCAAAUGCAACUAAAAGUUUGAACUCAGAUAAUGUCAAUAAAAUCAAACUUUUGAUUUCCCUUUUCGGUAAUUGUCGUACAUAAACAUACACAACAGCAAUUUUGUAAAGUUGAGAGAAAUUUUUAACUUAAAUCCCUAAACGCGAUUUUCACUUCUUUUACCAACACACUUUUAAAAAUGUUUUUAAACCCUAAAACGGGUGUUGGUUUCAAAAGUUCCAGAAAGUUCUGGUACCGAAAUAAAUUACUUCACUGACGGAUAUUUACGUCUCCAUGAAAUGUUGAAGUUUUUAAAAAUGUGUCAUUUGUAUUGGCAAUGCAUUGCGCAUCAAUUCCAAGAAUAGAACGGAGAUUCCCGUUCGCUGUUCACAUAAUUUUUCCAGUAUCUUCACAAAGCCAUCAUUUGAGAUCCAUUGUUUGAGAUCCAUCAUUUGAGAUCCAUUGUUUGAGAUCCAUCAUUUGAGAUCCAUUGUUUCUGAUGUUUUCAUUACCCUUGUGUGUGCCAAAGAAUAUUAUCAUGUUACGUAAUUAAUUAGGCUGAACCAAUCAAUAUUUAUUGUUGUAAAUAUGUUCAUUUUUUUUUUAUUUUAUUGAGGUUUUACCAGCAUCUAAUUAAUGAAGUAAUUAAUGAAGUAAUUAAAGACGCCUGUGUUAUGAUCCAGGCAGAGAAGUAUUACUCAGAUUGUUGGUGUUCAUACAAUCAAUUUUAAUACAUGUAAGACUAUGAUUUAAUGAUUGUUGUAUUGAUUGUUAUGAUUACUAUAAUAUUUAGAAAAAAAAAGCAAUAUUUUGUUGUGAUUUGUAUGGUGCGUAAUCAAAGUUUGUCCAACUGAUUUUAAGGCUACUCUCAUUCAUUUUUUUUUAAAAAUAUUUUUUGAAUGGCUUCCCUUUGUAUGGACUGUAAAGGGACUUAAAUAUAUGUUCUUAUAUUUUUACAAUUGUAAACUAGCAUAACAAAAAUAUAUAUAAUUCAUAGUUUUCUAAUGUAACAUUAAAAUGCAUUUUUAUUUUAACAUUUCUAAAGAUGUAUAAAAAAUGUUUUCUGAAAUUAACCAACGCAACAAAUUAAAUUCUAAUUUUGUUUCCUGAAGGAAUAAAUAUUUAUUUUUCCAUUAAAUGAAAUUUGUGUCAGUCACAGAAUAAAAAAUCAGUCUUUUGUGUAGAUCAACUAAGACAAUUUUUUAAAUUUUUGAACUGAAACUCGUGAGGUGUCUAUGUUAAACUCGAAACUCUAUUGUAUGUGAUUUAUUUUAAUGUAAAGCUCUGUUCGUUGGUUACAUGCCGUGAAACUACAGCCAGUUUUCUUCAUGUAAAUGAUGUAAAUUGUAUUUGGUUACUUAUUGAUACAUGGGAUCCUUUUAUUAAAUCUGUAUAAUAAUCUAGAUUAGUUUUUUCACUUCACAAAUAUUCAUGUCGCGCGUGAUGAUGUAUAUCAUGAGUGGCGUCACUAGGUCGGGUGUCACCCGGUGUUGUACGCACCCCCCGACACCCCAUUGUGACGCCUCAGCAUACCUCAGUUUUAUUUUAACCAACUUUUGACGUUAUAGGCCUUCUGUUAUGGCCAAUCAAUAUUCCACAAUUCCGUUAGCAGGAACCAGUUGAACUUGUAAGAAUCGAAACCUUUCUUAGGCAUUUAUAAAUCCAUAUUUUAACGAUGUAGACAACUUAAGGGUGUUAGGUUAUAAAUCUACAUUUAACGAUAUAAAUAAAUCCACAAUUUAACUAUAUGGGGCUCCACAUUUUAUACAUCCGCCAUUUUAUGUGAACUCAUUAAAUAAAGUUAUACACAAUAAUGGAUUUUUUUCAUGUAUAUUAAUGUCUUCAUUGUUCUGCCUUUUAUUCACAUAAAUAUAUAGAUAUAGAUAUCUGUCAUACAUAUAUAUAUUUUACAUUCGUCUGUCACGCAUCUGUUGGCUGCAUGAUGUAUGACAGACACGCUAGUAAUCCGUCAUACACACAUCUUAUAUCUGUCAUCCAUCUGUUGCCUACAUGAUGUACACUCUGUAAUUGAUGCAUGGAUGUGUAAAGUCUACCCAUAAUGCCAUUUUACUGCACAAUUUUUUUUUCUAAUGUUCACGUUCGCAUGUUGAUUAACGAUCAAUGAUUGAAUAUCUAAGAUAAUCAAAGCACUCAAAGAAAUACUUGAUGUAUCGAUGUAUCGAUUUCAUGACUCGCAACACAGAAUAAAUAUUUAUUUACUUUA